CCGCCGCAGCAGUAGCAGCAAUGCGAGCACCGCCAACAGCAACAAGAGCAGCGAGAGAAAAAUAAGCAGCAGCAGCAGCAGCAACGCGGGCAUCAGCAACAGCAGCAGCAGUAGCAGCAGCACGAGCGCCAUCAAAGCAGCAGCAGCAGCACGGGCGUCAGCAAAAGCAGCACCAGCAGCAGCACGAGCAUCAGCAAGCGCCGAAGCAGCAGCAGCAGCAGCAGACCAGAACGCGGGAAUCCUUGAGCUGCUGCAGCACAGUGCCCAGCCUGGCCGCGGAGCCCACGAGGGCCAAAGAAGAAGAGACCAGCGAAAGGUGACCUGUGUGUUUAUUUUUGUAAUUCAAAAAGGCCUGGGGAAGCCGCGAAAAUAUCACUGCAGCGCAGCACACACAGCCCAGGAAGCCCUGCAGCAGCAGCAGCAGCAGCAGCUGCUGCUGCUGCUGCUGCAGCUGCUGCUGCUGCUGCUGCAGCAGCUGCAGCAGGAGCAGGAGCAGCAGCAGCUGCAGCAGCAGCAGCAGCAGCUGCAGCAGCAGCGGCUGCAGCAGCAGCAGCAGCACAGGGAGCGACGGCCGCGCAUAGGGUAG